CAUAUAUGUCGUUUGUGAAGUGGUUCGAGAGUAAGCACGUGUGAUGCAUUUUCGCGCUGGUGCCGGCUUUUCGCGUCUGUUUCCAGUGAAGAUCACUUUUGUGCGUUACUUGUCUAGUCAAGCUGUCAAAAUGACUCAGUGUUUUUUUGAUAUUUCCAUUGGCAACCAGCCUGCUGGAAGAGUAGUAUUUCAGCUCUAUGAUAAAGAUGUCCCAAAGACAGCAGCCAAUUUCAAGGCACUUUGCACUGGGGAGAAAGGAUUUGGAUUUAAGGAUUCCAAAUUUCACAGAAUCAUUCCUGGAUUCAUGUGCCAAGGUGGUGAUUUUACACGGGGAGAUGGUACUGGUGGAAAAAGCAUCUAUGGUGAAAAGUUUGCUGAUGAAAACUUUGUCAAGAAACACAUAAAAGAAGGUUUGUUGUCUAUGGCUAAUGCUGGUCCAAACACCAAUGGAUCACAGUUUUUUAUCACAACUGCUAAAACUUCAUGGUUGGACAACAAACAUGUUGUGUUUGGUGAAGUAGUCUCAGGAUACAAUGAAGUGGUGAAAAAGAUGGAGUCUGUUGGUUCACAGGCUGGCAAGCCAACAAAACCAGUUACAAUUACAAACUGUGGAGUUUUGUAAUUUCUUAGCCCCUUGACCAAAAUUUUUACUACUGUUGUUAGCUGCAUUUGUAUGUUUUCUGUGGCAUAUGCUGGGGUCAUUUUCAUGACUUGUUUGAAAUCAAAUACUUUUGUUUCUUGUUUUU